UUGGCAGAAAUCUUCACCAGCGUGAACAAGUUAACAAUUUCUGAGGUCAUCUGAAGUCACCAAAAUGUCCUGAAGCCUGUGUCUUGUGUGCGGAGCAACAUGUUUCUAGCAGCUCGAUAUAACCAGGGAACGCUCCCUGCUUAAAUGACUGGCCUGCCGAGAGUCAUUUGUAAUCCGGCCCUCCUCGGCAUCGAACAUGCUGAUGGGCCGUGAGACAGUGAUCCCUCCAGGGCAGGAGCCAAGCAGCGGAGAGCUUGGAUCCGGGCCCAGGCCUCUGUUGGAUCUGUGUUCAUCGACAGGUCUGAGAAUAGAGCUCAGGACGACUGGGAUAGUUUCCACAAUGCAGAGUCGAAUUACACACAGCUGGACUUUAUGUAUUUGACCCACUGGACAACAUACGAAGAUGUAAUGUCACAUGAAUGUUUAACGUUCGUGCCGGAACACUGAAUUAAGCUGAGCAGACAUAGCACAAAAUAAACAUAAAAAAAGGGGUUGCUGUAGAUGAUAUAAAAUCAACACAUUAAGGAAAUCUGGAGGAACACAAACCCACAAAGGCUGGCGGAUUGGUCAGGAGAGAGAAGAGGGUGGAGUUACACAACAUGACAUCCUAACUGAGGUAGUAUAAAUAGGACACGGUGCCAGAUUCUCCUGUGGGUAAAGGGAUGACAGGCUCCAUACUGCAACUUGCUGCUCAUGGGAGUCUAACUCUAACCAAGUAUUAAAGGUAAUAUUCUCAUCAAUCAACACCAGGCUGCCAGUGUGGAGAUGUCCAGUACAAGCGUGGCGCCAGCAGUUGGAAUUGGAUCAAUGGCCCAGUCAGCCGGACUUGUGGAGAUUGCCGUGAGGCUGUGCUUGAACCAACGUAAGGAACUGUGUCCUCACGUCUGGGUUCCCAUCCUAAAACCUCAGCGACCUUGCAUCCGACCUCCGCUGUCAGAGCAGCUGCCGUCAGACGUCUUGAGCCAGGCUUAUCUCGCCCACCCUUUCUCGUCCCUCUUCAUCGACCUGGACGACGACUUGGAUGAUGACGUUUGGAUCCCCGCAAAGAACAAACGCGUGGUUUUCGCCGACUCACGGGGCUUGUCUCUCACGGCCGUGCGAGAGUUUUGCGACGAAGAAGAGCAGCCUGACCUCGACUUCCUGCCGUCGCUGCAGGGUUUGGGUAGCAUGACAGAGGAUGGCUACAGCUGCACCGUCAGCACCUGCUGCCCAGGAACACGCCUCAAACUGGACUUCCCACAGCCCUCAGCAGAUUUCCAGGCCUUUCGUGCCAAGCUGGCGAAGAGCAUGGUCAUCCUGGAGAGCUGCAGCGUGAAUGAGCAGGCCCUGCAAGGUACCGUGCGGGUCAAGAACAUCAGCUUCCAGAAGGACGUGCGUGUGCGCAUCACCUUUGACUCGUGGCAGAGCUACAGAGAUGUUCCCUGCACGUACCUGCAGAAACGCUUCGGGGGACCCCAGACAGACAUCUUUGAGUUUGACAUUGCCGUUCCUAAAGUGCUGGAUGCCAAAAGGAAGAUAGAGUUCUGCUUAUCUUACUUGCCGGGAGGGCAAAGUGAGGCUUUUUGGGAUAAUAACGACGGGCAGAAUUACAGCGUGACUGUGUGUGUGAGCUCACACCUCUGCCGUGGGAAGUAUCUGAGUGAAAGGGCAUGACAUACUCAAACUACAAGUGUUCUCUAUUUUUAUCAUGCACACUUUGUCAGCUGUGGGUGAAAGUGCAGUGGAUAUUUUUUCAUGACAUUUACAUUGUUUUUACUCUGAAAUGGUACUCUCUUUUUUUUUUUCAUUCAUGUUUAGACAUCUGAACAGCUGCUCUGUAUAAAAAGAAGUGUCAGCCA